AUGUGUCUGCCGGUAGGUGGUCCGCAAACUGUUCCAGCUUGCCUUUUCCAAGAUGUGUGGAAUUCAACCACGACCUUCCUAAGCCUCUUCCAAUCCUAUCUCCAGUUGACGAGAUCCUUCAAUUUCUUACGGUUUGCUCGUACCGUUCGGAUUACCGGGUUGCGGUAUGAUCUGGUCUUGUCCUCCGUGUCGCCUUCACUUCUCUUCGAUGUCCUCGAGUUUUGUCUUGAUGAAAACUCAUACUUCUGUCUUCUAAGCCUUGCCUAA